CACAGAGCCCAAAACAAGCAGUGUAUCGAUACAGGAGCCGCGAAGCGCCAAGUACGGCGCAAGUUGUUCUGCGUGACGCCGAACACCAGCCCUCCAACCUCGAGCGCGCUGCUCCCGCUGCUGAUACGCCGCACUCCUCAAAUUAACUGAGAGGCUGCCAAGGCAGCCAAAACCAACCAACCAAAACCAACCAACCAAAACAACAAAAGCAAGACAAGACAAUGGCGUUCUUCGCCGCGAUGGACGCCCAGCUCCCGACCCACACGCGCGGCGAGAACAAUUCCUUAGAGCUCACGGCCGAGGGCGUCGGCCAGCCGCGCGUCGCCCUCUUCGCCGCGCUGGUGCGCAACUGCCCGAACGACCGCAUUACAUCAUUGGUCGACGCCGUCGUCAAGGAACGUUGUGAAACGGUGCAAAAUCUCGUUGAUUUAGUCGUGCUCACGAUGCAGACGCGCGACUGCCGGGGCGGCAAGGGCGAGCGCGACCUGUUCCAGCGCCUGUUCUGGGAGCUUUUGGCGUUGUGGCCGGACGUAGCCAUCAAGCUCAUCCCGCUCCUCCCCGAGUACGGCUCGUAUAGGGAUUUACCCGCUUUAUGGCACGCCGUAUCAAAUCCAGACGCUGAAACAGCACCUCCAUCAAAAGCGCGCGGGCAGGGGCGCCUGCGGAAGGUCAAAAAUGCUCUGGAAGACGUUUACGUAGAACAGCUCCGCAAGGACCUUGAUUCAGGAAAACCGUCCCUCGCGGCGAAGUACGCGCCGCGCGAGAAGAAGCAGUUCGCUCCCUUCGGCGCCGCCGUCGCUUCUAAACUUUUUCCCGGCGGCAAUGCUAAGGCAGAAUACAGGAAGGCGAUGGCUCGUUUAACCUCAAAACUGGACGUCCCAGAGGUAAAAAUGUGCGGCAAGCGCUGGGCGGAGAUCGAUGUCGCUGCGGUGCCGUCGCGGUGCCUCGCGAAGUCGCGGCGAGGCUUUUUGAACGAGAAAUUGAGCAGAGAUCGACCGCUGACGGUCGACGAGGAUCGAACCGGAGAUAGGCACCCCGACGAUGAGGAUCGCGUGACGUGUCGACAGCAUGUGCGGGAGGCGGUCCUCGCCUCCGAUAAGAUUAAGGGCAAGCAGUGCUUCCCGCACGAGUUGGUGCGGCGCGUGAUCGGGGGAAGACACGCGUCGACGCUCGAAGACGACCUCGUGAAUGCGCAGUGGGCCACCAUGAAGAGAGAUGUGGUAGAGCAGAUCGCCUCCACAGGAACGAAGAGAGGCGCGCUCACGGCCCUCGUCGAUGUUUCGGGCUCGAUGAGCGGCGUGCCGAUGGAGGUAUCCAUCGCGCUCGGGUUAUUGGUGUCUGAUUUAGCCGACGAGCCCUUCCGGCACCGGGUAUUGACCUUCGAGUCGCAGCCGCGGUGGCACAAGAUCCCAGCCACCUCGUCACCGGUCGAGCAGAUCCGCAACUUGUCACGCGCUCCUUGGGGCGGUUCCACGAACUUCGCGGCGGCGAUGGACCUGCUGUUGGCGGCCUGCGUCGACGGACACGUGCAGGCUGAAGAUGUACCUGAUUUGAUCGUCUUCAGCGACAUGCAGUUCGACGCGGCCAACGGCCCGGGGUGGGAGACGCACCACGAGCGGUUAUCAAGGGAAUGGGCGUCAAAGGGCUACGAGCUGCCGACGAUCACGUACUGGAACCUGCGGGGCGAUACUAAGGGAGGGUUCGCGGCGGAAGCUUCGUGUCCCGGUGUCCGGCUGCUCUCGGGCUUCUCGCCCGCGCUGCUCAAGUUGGUGCUCACGGGCGAGGAGGCCGACGAGGAUGAAGUUGAGACCGUCGACGGCGUGACCAAGGCGCGGCCAACUCCCUACCAGACGAUGCGCCGGGCGCUCGACGCGCCGCGCUACGACGCCGUCCGGACGAUGCUGUCUGAGUUUGAUGGGGCGCCGUUCGCGGAUUAUACGUUCACGCCGGCGGAGGACUCCGACUUCGUCGUCGUGCCUCAGCCUUCAAGGACUCCUUCCGAGGCCAACGCCCUCCUUUCGCCGGCGUACCAUUUUUUCUAACAAACUUUCAAG